AUGGAUCUGAUGAGACCUGCAAUUGUCCCCGGAAACUUGUGGGAAAUGCUACUAGGAAUUUGGCGUCUCAAGGCUAAAGGAACUUUGAGCUAUCAUCUGGAUGCCGAAACAUUCUGCAUAGUUCUGGACGCCUGCAACAAAUACUUGCUGCUCUGCCUGCGGAUUCAGCUUCUUGUUGCGAUGGCAGAACGCAUUACCCUCGAGGUGGCACUGAUGAGUGGCAAACGGGCCGACAUCAGCGCCUCGCCCCACGACACCCUCGGCUCGUUGUCGCCGACCAUCGCAAAGAACCUGGGCCUCCCAGUGGAGAGCCCGGCCCUGGCCUUGCCCACCUUGAGUUUCUUACUAGGCGCCCGCCGACUUCAGGAGACUAUGGAAGCUCGAGAUCGUGACCUGCGCAACGGGACCGUCACCGUUGUGUGGCGCGACUGCUCCGCGCCCCCGCAGAUUCUGAUGAUUUUUGCGGAGAUGAAAUCGUUGGCUGCUCGGGCCCUGGACGCCAGCCUCUCCGUGGCAGUGCAGCACCUCCGAGCUGCUCAGAAGAUCAAGCCGCUGGCGAGAGAGGUGCUGGAUCUGCUUGGAUACCCUGAGCAAGACCCGGACUCUGCCCGCGUGGAUGACCCAAAGGCAGUUCUCGUGGAGGUCUUGCAAGUGCUACAACUUCAUCGGCCUGGCGUUGCAGCAUGUCGGAGGGCGGCCUUCUGCGUCCUGAGGUUGGUGCAGAGCCUAAAGAGGUACCACUACCACCAGGACCAAAAUCCCCACAUUCUAUGGCGACCGAAGCGCAUCCCAGUGAAGAACGCUCCAUCAACGAACCUUGAUGCGGAGCCGGAGGCUGACACGAAUGACGCCGGCCACAAAGGAGAUCGACAGGAGCAGGGAGCUGGCAGCAACAUAGGCAGCGCCCCGGCCGAGGCCGACAUCUUCACCCAGCCCACGAGCUCCUCCGGAGUGCCCGACCAAGGCACUGCAAGUGAGUUGCUGGAGCCGGUGGCUGAGGAGCUGGAAGGUUUCUCCGUGCAGCGGCGGCAGCUCUUGCAAGAUAUGAUUUCCAAGAGUUCCUGCCCCAUCCACGCAAAGCUGGAAAAAAUCUGCAAGCCGGCUUGGAUCUGCGAUGGAUGCCGUAAAGGUAUUCGGCGAUGGCGAGGACGUUCAUGUCGACGCUGCAAUCUCGACAUCUGCAAGGCCUGCAUCAAGUGGGCGAGGAAAGGCGGGGCCGAAAGUAAACUUGCACGCGUGUUGGGCUUCAGUCUCCACUGCCGCUCCAUCGGGAAGCCCGCAGAUGCCGAGGAUGCGCUUGAGGAUGCGGUGAAGCAGUUGAGGGAGCAACAUGCCGAGAGCCCUGAGCUGGCAAUCGCUCUGCGUGAGCUGGGCACGGUGCUCAAGGAGAAGGGCGAGCCGGCAGCCGCAAAGCAGCACCUCACGGAGGCUUUGGACAUGGAGCGCGCCCUCUGCGGAGAGUCUCCAAACCUUGAGGUGGCCGUGACUCUGCAUGAGCUGGGCCUAGUGUGCAAGGAGAUGGGCGAGCUGCCAGAAGCACAGCGACUCCUCACGGAGGCUUUGGACAUGAAGCGCGCCGUCUUCGGAGAGGCUCCAAACCGGUCAGUGGCUGUGACUCUGCAUGAGCUGGGCCUGGUGUUCAAGGAGAAGGGCGAGCUGCCAGAAGCAGAGCGACUCCUCACGGAGGCUUUGGACAUGGAGAGGGCCAUCUUCGAAGGGGCUCCAAACCGGGAGGUGGCACUGACUCUGCAUAGGCUGGGCCUAGUUCUCAAGAGGAAGGGCAAGCUGCCAGAAGCAGAGCGGCGCCUCAGGGAGGCUUUGGUCAUGAAGCGCGCCGUCUUCGAAGAGUCUCCAAACCUUGAGGUGGCCGUGACUCUGCAUGACCUGGGCUUGGUGUUCAAGGAGAGGGGCGACCUGGCAGCCGCAAAGCAGCACCUCACGGAGGCUUUGGGCAUGGAGCGCGCCCUCUGCGGAGAGUCUCCAAACCAUGAGAUGGCCGUGACUCUGCAUGAGCUGGGCCUGGUGUGCAAGGAGAUGGGCGAGCUGGCAGAAGCAGAGCAGCACCUCACGGAGGCUUCGAGCAUCGACCCCGCCUUCUUCGAGACGCCAAACCGCUCACAUGAGCUGGGCUGGGGGCUCACGGAGAAGGGCAAGCUGCUAGCCGCAGCCGGACCUUUGAGGGCCUGGAAUUAG